AUGGACCGUCGCCUUGUUUUAAAGACAAUUUUUAAACAUUAUUCCAACGUUAUAAUAUCAUCAUUAAUAAAAGAACUUGAAAACGAAUCAGAAGAAAAAAAACGAUUAUGGACAAGAAAAUGGUUGCUGAGACGGGAUACCCUUGGUAAUUCGAUUGGAAUUUUAAGAGAACUUGCUACUGAAGAUCAACUUGAGUAUAGAAGUUGUAUGAGGAUAACACCUGACCAAUUUGAAUUUCUGUUACAAAAAAUAUCUCAUCUAAUACAAAAAGAAGAUACAAUUAUGAGAACUGCAAUCCCUGCAAGGAUAAAACUGGAAUUAACUUUGUCUUUUUUAGCUACGGGUAAUAGUUACCGCAGUUUAUCACACUUCUUUAGAGUUUCGAAACCAGCAAUAAGUUUGUUUGUCCCAGAAGUUCUGGACGCCUUAUACGAGUGCUUAAAGGAUUAUAUAAAGGUAAGCAUUCAGUAUUGA